CACGGCGCUCGGGGGCUCCUCGGCCAGCCAAUGGCGGCACGUCGUUUUACCCGUGACGUCACCCGCCACUCCUCGUACUAAAGAAGGAAACAAACAUCCAUCCAGAAGGAACGGGAGACGGACCGAGGAAGAAAGAGAGGUAGGAGGGGAGGGAGCGUUAAAGCCACCUGGACCCGGCGGACACGAAGGACAACGCCACACGGACAGCUAGGAAGAGGGAAGGACGCUAGCGGGACCUCCAGCCCUCCACCGCUUUUUUCUUUUCUUCCGCCAGGACAAACUUCGUUCGUCGUUUUUUAGCAGGUGAUGAUCUUGGAUUAUUGCUUUUUUUUCACUUAAGGAUGAAUUUUGAAGUGAGCUCAGCUUGUGGAGCAAUGGCGCAAGAGACGAACCAGAGCGCGGUGCCGAUGCUUUGUGCCACAGGCUGCGGUUUCUAUGGCAACCCGAGAACCGAUGGCAUGUGCUCCGUGUGCUAUAAGGAUCACCUCACACGGCAGCAGAGCAGCGACCGCAUGAGCCCCCACAGCCCUAUGGGCUCAGCUAGCAGGCCUAUCUCGGAGGCCACGGCCAUCCAGAGACUUGAAGCCAGUCUAGCCAAGGUGGACGCCUCCCCUGCCUCUUCACCAGACAUGUCUAGAAUUGUUCAAGGAUCUCUUCCUGUGACCCAACAAAUGACUGAAAUGAGCAUCUCGAGAGAGGACAAGCCUGAACCGUUAGAGCCUGUUGUAAACCAGCCUGCUGCUUCUAGCCCGUCUCCUGUAGCUUCUUCCAGUAGUGAAGAAGGCAAAGGUGAAACCCCAAAACCCAAGAAGAAUAGGUGCUUCAUGUGUCGCAAAAGGGUUGGCCUUACAGGGUUCGACUGUCGCUGCGGCAACCUGUUCUGUGGCAUCCACCGGUACUCCGACAAGCACAACUGUCCCUAUGAUUACAAGGCCGAGGCGGCCGCCAAGAUCCGUAAAGAAAACCCUGUGGUGGUGGCUGACAAGAUCCAGAGAAUAUAGAUUUUACAAAACGAUAGAAGUGGCAACGAUGACAACACCUUUGAAAAAAGACUGGCAUGUGAACCUUUUUGGAAGGAGCAUUGAGUAGCCAAGUGGGGAUCGAAAGGACUUGAUGUACAAAAUUGCAUCCUCAAGAAAAUGUUGGAAAAAAAGAAGAAAAAUCAAAAGAUCCUGCCUGAGGGACAUGCAUGAUUGAUCACUUUCUGCUUUUAAUUUUAUUAAUUCCUUAGUUGUGUUUUUUUUCCUACUUUCUGUGUGUGAAUUUGCGGCUGUUCAGUCCUCUUCUUGUUUUUCUUUUUAAUAUGUAUUGUCUUACACAGGAUGUGCUGUGCUCCUCUCACCCAAACCAGGGCCAUUUUGUGCCAAACCGUAGACACCCAUUUUACUCAGACCCUGUCGUGUGUAAGACACUCGCAUGUCUCGCAAAGCAUUCAAAAAAACACCGUAACUGUCCACACGAGUUGUGUUCCUCAACCGUUGAGCUUUUUGUUCUGUGCUCCGUCGGUACUGGAGUCGGUCGACGUCUGGAGAACCGUACCACUGUCCCCCACCACGCACAAGGGGCUUUGUUACUUUGUCUCUGUCUUUCCUAGCUUUACCUACCUCACAGCUGCUGUGUUAAGCUUUGUUGUCGUCUCUUUUACGUUGUUCUCAUCAGCUUCGACCCCAGCAGAACUAUGGAUCAUCUUGAUAGUCGGCCUCAGUGACCCUCUGAUCAGCAUGGCUGUGUUGACUUUGGUUGGUUUGAUUGUGAUGAGGCUGUCCAUUAUGGCUGGAGGUAUCCUGCUAGACGGGCACAAACUAAUUACGCCCCAAGUUUUAAUCAACGUUUUCAAACCGUGGACGUGAUGGGUAAAGGAGUUCCCCAACUGGUCUGAACUCGUGUUUUAAUCGCAGACGCCUGGUGCAGGGCUGUGUGGCCUGAGAAGAAGGAUGCCCCCCUUCCCUUGCAGGCCUGGUCAGUGGAUUUAGGCAGCAUUAGUGUAGGAGCUUGGAUGAAUGGGAUAAAUGCAUGAGUUACUCUUCAUCUGCGUUUAGUGUUUCAGAGAUAUUUGCCACCUCUCAACUUAGGAUUUCAGAUAUUUUAUUUGCUGAGUGACUAUUAUCAGAUGUAUUAGCCUUUUUCCUCUUCCAUUGAUAUUGUACUGAUGUUAGCGCAUGCAUUCAGUGCAUUUGUGGAAUUAGGGUAUGUGAAUCAUGAUUUUUAACUUCUUUUUUUUUUUUUUUUUUUUUUUUUUUUAAUACGCUAACAAAACAUUUGCGUGUGUGUACCUUUUUGUCUGUGGAGCUACCCGGUUUAUCAGCACACGUUUACAGAACUACAGGAGCAUGCCAGAGCUAGAUUUAUGAAAAAUAGUAGAUACCAGGAUUAGAUGUAACAUCUCAUCUGUCUAAUGGCUAUUGGUCUGUGUGACUGCUUUAGAGCACCGUAGAGAAGCGUGUAUGUGUAUUUUGUGAGUGUGCAUGUGCACAUUCCUAUGUAAGAGUGUUUUCUUGGCUGCCUGACACAUUGAAACCCAAUGUAUGUUUGACCGGUGUUUAAUUACCCCUUUUUCUCCCCCUGUAAGGAUGUUUAUUUUUAUUUUUUUCUCAUUUAAAAGACAACUAUGUAUUUUGAGUUUUUCCUUUUGGAUUCUUAGUUAUAUGCAAAUUUGUACAAAAAAUGAUAAAACAACAAACUGUGUUGAUAUUUAUGUAUUACAUAUAAUCUUGCUAGCCAGCAUUACGACAGAAUAGUAUCAUGUAAAUAAAACUGUACAGAGAGACGUUA